CCCGGCGCCUGCACCUUCGACUCCCGGCACCUCUACACCAAGAAGGUCUGCGGCGAGGGCUCCAUUCGUGCCGUCUCCUACAACAUCCUGGCCGACACCUACGCCCAGACGGAGUUCUCCCGCACCGUGCUCUACCCCUACUGCGCCCCGUACGCCCUGGAGCUCGACUACCGGCAGAACCUACUCAAGAAGGAGCUGGCAGGCUACAGCGCCGACCUCAUCUGCUUGCAAGAAGUGGAUAAGUCCGUCUUCGUGGACAGCUUGGCUCCAGCCCUAGAUGCUUUUGGACUUGAAGGGCUCUUCAGGAUCAAGGAGAAGCAGCAUGAAGGCCUGGCCACUUUCUACCGCAGGGACAAGUUCAGCUUGCUCAGCCAACAUGACAUAGCUUUCAGCGAAGCCCUGCUCUCAGAUCCACUCCACAAGGAGUUGCGUGAUAAACUGGCCAAGUACCCCUUGGUGCAGGAGAAGGUGCUGCAGAGGUCAUCUGUGCUGCAGGUUUCAGUUCUUCAGUCUACAACUGAUCCUUCCAGGAAGAUUUGUGUAGCUAAUACCCACCUAUACUGGCACCCAAAAGGUGGGAACAUCCGUCUCAUCCAAAUUGCUGUAGCCUUGUCUCACAUCAAGCACAUAGCAUGUGAUUUGUAUCCUAGCAUACCAAUCAUAUUCUGUGGAGAUUUUAAUAGUACACCAUCAUCUGGAACUUACAGUUUUAUUAACAGUGGUGGCAUUGCUGAAGAUCAUGAAGACUGGGUCUCUAACGGAGAAGAAGAGAGGUGCAAUAUGCCUCUAAGCCAUCCUUUCAAACUGCUAAGUGCUUGUGGAGAACCUGCUUAUACAAACUAUAUUGGUGGGUUUCAUGGAUGUCUGGACUACAUUUUCAUCGACAAAAAUGCUCUAGAAGUUGAACAGGUCAUUCCAUUGCCCAGUCAUGAAGAAGUAACAACCCAUCAGGCUUUGCCAAGUGUUUCACAUCCUUCUGAUCAUAUAGCACUAAUAUGUGACUUAAAGUGGAAAUAGAGCAGCUCUUGCAUGGUGCUUUUGGGGGUUUUCAAACAAGAAAUUUAAUUUACUGCUGAAGAACUGAGGU